UAACUUGAUCAAAAAAUGUUGCAAGCUAUGAUAGAGGAUGUUUGAAAAAAAUUUCGAGUGAUAUCGCGAAAUCAAUUGUGUUCAGUCAAUUGAAUACAAAUUUUUCUAGUGUUCUGCAACCGGACCGAGUAUCCAGUACCCGAUCUGACCCGAAGUCUAAGUUCGAAUACACACCUGCCGGGUUGGUUCGGUCCCCGGUAUGAUCUCGUACCUGGGCCCGAUACGGCGAUUGGUGACAUCAACAACUGAAUCCUGAUUCACUUGUUUCUUUUUUUAUUGAUGCAAUUAAAAUAAUAGAAGAUUUUGUCAUAUGAAACAAAAAUUUGAAAAACAUAAUAUCACUUUGAAAACUCUUGCUGGAUGUCAAUUACUUCCUGUUGGGUGUAAAACGGUGGGGUUGUGUCGGGCUUGGAUAUUAAAAAAAACUGUCGGUCCGAGUUCGAAAAGUUGUACCCGUGUAGUACACUAGUUCUUUCUAAUAAAAAAAUUUAAUUUUCUAUCUUCUAAAAUGGUCGGACCGUGUAGCUCAACAUUUUUCCAAAGACUUUUGCAUUGUUUAUUAUAUUUCUUAUGUUCAUGAUAGGCUCGAGUAUUACCUGAUGAAAAAAUCUUACGAUUACAUUAUACUCAAUGUAAAUCAUAUAAUGCGGAUUUUAAUGGAGAUGAAAUGAAUAUUCACUUAGCACAAAAUGAACUAACACGAGCGGAAGCUGCCUGA